UGUGGCGGCGUGUUGGAUGGUUUCCUUUCGCUUGUGUUGUGUUUCACAGCCAGCUAGCGUUGUGGAGGCAGCAGCAGCAGCAGCAGCAGCAUAACUUUCUCGUCCUUUUUUCGUGAAUGACACAAACGCCAAGCACGGGACACAAAGUGCAACAUUCAGUGCGUGCGUGUUUGAUUUGUGGUAGAAAGCCCGUGUGUGUGAAUCGAAGCAAAGAAAAAGAAACGCCCAACAGUGAGACCGCGAGGCGAGAAAUGUGACGGGAAAACAGUUCUUCGAGCAAGCGCACCCCGUUACACGCAAUCGGGAAACGGUAGCCGUUAGAAGCAGCAGCGGCAGACGUAAAGAAAUGAAGUGGUACCGUACCGUUUUAAUGGAGUGUUAGUAGCCCAGUAUUUAUUACCAUCAGUGUAUAUAUUGCACGCACGCCACAGCCAGGCUGAGUGAGUUUAUUUAAAUGAAGUAAAGAAGCAUAAACUUCACCGGAAGAGAUACAGCAGCUAGCUCCACUAUUUUCACAACUACAUCGUUCGUGAUCUGUUAAGUGUUAAGAUUAAACAACAAAAAUAAGAAAAAUCUAUCUGUUGCAUUGUGGGUGAGUGAGGUGAAAGAAGUGAGAGCAAAAAAGUGAAUCAUCAUUCGAUGGUGGAAUAUCGAAUUUCUUCGUGCGUGCCCAACUCCGAGUGGAAAGCCGCAGCUGGGAAAGGUGUGUGAAACGUUUGCUCCUUUCACUUCUCCCCAUUCGGCACACACCCCCCAAUCGAGUGUUUUAAGGCGUGAAAAGCGUUAAAAGCAUAAAUUCUAAUCGACCCACAAAACAAAACCCAGGGUUCAAUAUUCGAGGCGGUCGCCGCUUCGUUCUCGUUUGCUCGUGCUCAAAAGUUAAAACCAUCCACUUCUGUGUGCGUACGUGUACCGAGUGCGUGUGUGUGUGUGUGUGUGUGAGUGCGUGUGGAAAAUAAAUUUCCCUUCCUGCAAGAGCGCGCCUUCAACAACGAUCGUGUACGGCCCCCCUCAACGAACGAACCGCCCGGGAAGAGUCCGGCGGUCCAUCGGAAAAUCGUAGAACCCAUUUCCCGCAACUGAACGGCUGAACGCUCGUUCCACGGGACACGACGGGUUUUGGGGCGGGGUGGGAGUGGGGUGACGGGGUCGGUGCCCGUGCCGAAAUUAUGUUAAAAGUGAUUUACAUCCUCACGAUUGCCGGUUGUUUACAUUCGCCAGUGACUUUCGGUCGCGAACAGCAAAACCAUUACACCUCGGACACUUCCACCAAUGGGCUGACAUUUACGCCGUCCGGUACGGCCGGAUACGCACGAACGGCUGGAAAUGGCGGUGGUGCCAGCUAUUCGCCAAAUGCCCGGUUUAAUCGACGAAAGAAGACGGAAAAGUUGCAUCAGGAUGGUGGUGGCAGCAGUAUGCAGUACCGGGACGAGGAGGACACGAUCGAACCGGGCGUGUGUCAGGUGUACACCGGUGCCACCUGCGAACAGUACCUCCGCAACCAGACCGUCUUCGUGACGCCGGACAUCACGAUGGAAACGCUCGAGGAGCGGCUGAAGGCGGCGUACGGUGUGAUCCGCGAGUCGAAAGACAUGAACGCCAACUGUCGCGUGUACGCCCUGCCCAGCCUCUGCUACAGCAUACUGCCGCUCUGCCGCACGCCCGAGCUGACCAACCAUCAGUACUUUGCGAACCGGGCCGCAGCCGAAGCGGCACGCCGUGCGGCCACCAUCGGCCGGGGGAAGUUUAAAUCGCACGAGAAGAAAAACAAUCGCAAACAGCAGCUGCUGGUGAAGGCGGGCCUCCUAUCGACACCCGUACCGCCAGAAAUGGGAAAUGGACCGCCACCGUUUGACGGCACUGUAACGACUACGGAACGGCUGCGGGUGUACUUUAGCGGUGGUGUGACACCGGACCUUGGUGGACGAUUUUUCGAUGGUGAAAUCGUUACCGAGAACUCGCUUCCAUCGCGCCAGGAGGGUGAACGGCGGCGCGGACCACGUUCCGCUCAGCCGAACGACUAUCGGUUCGUGCAGCCAGGCGAAGAAGUGUCCGUCCUGUCGUACACCUCAUCGUCGUCGGGGCCGAAAAAAUCGUACCCACCGACGCGGAACACCGAAAACCUGCGACGCAUCUGCCGCAACGAUUGUGAGCUGCUGGAGAACGAACUCUGCCAGAAGGAGUACGCGAUUGCGAAACGCCACCCUACGAUUGGGCAGAAGCUACCGCUGGAGGAGUGUGACGAUCUGCCGCUGCAGCAGAGCGUCGAUGGGACGAUCUUGAACGGGAUUGGCGGGCUGGGCAGUUCGGGCGAUAUGGAGUGUAUGCGGCUGGGUAUCGAUUUGGACAUCAAGCCGGACGACGAUUGCUAUUGGGAGAAUGGGGCGAGCUAUCGGGGGAUUAUGGAUCGUACGCAGUCGUCCAAAAUUUGUAUGCGCUGGUCGAAGCUGAUGCACACGAUGUCGGAGUUUCCGCACCUGGCCGGGCACAACUACUGCCGAAAUCCACCCCAUGCAGGACCAAUGGAUGCUCCCUGGUGCUACGUGGACAUGCAGAAAACCAUCGAGUACUGCGACAUACCGAAGUGUUCCGAGCGGAUGUGGAUGUACAUCAUCAUCGGUUUUGUGGCGGUCAUCUCACCACUAUUCAUCGGUAUCGGUGUGUUUUGCUGUCGGAAGUAUCGCAAGCAUGGCGUAUCCAACAUCCAGAAUAUCAACCUGCCCAACGCGGACAAGAACAUCUACGGCAACUCGCGACUGAAUUCCCCGAUCGAGAUGACCUCGCUCAUAGCGAACCAAGCGUCAACCGGUGCCGCUAGUCGGAACGCGGAAAAUGGUGGCAUUCAGGGUUUAACCACCGGCCAACCGGGCAACGGGGGCAAUCCCGGCCAGUCGUCCCAGUCGCGUAACAACGGUAUCUCGCGCGUGCCCCAGUACACGCUGCAGGACGUGCGGUUCGUCGAGGAGCUGGGCGAGGGCGCGUUCGGCAAGGUGUACAAGGGUGAACUGACGCAGAAGAAUGGUGAGCGGAUCUUCGUCGCGGUGAAAGCGCUGAAAGAGAAUGCGAGCGCGAAAACGCAAGCCGACUUUAAGCGCGAGAUCGAGUUGAUAUCCGACCUGAAGCACGACAACAUCGUCUGCAUUUUGGGCGUGGUGCUGAAGGAGGAACCGCUCUGCAUGCUGUUCGAGUAUAUGGCGCAGGGCGAUUUGCACGAGUUUCUGAUCGCCAACUCGCCGAACGAAGGGAAAUCGUUGAGCCAGCUGCAGUUUUUGCUGAUCGCGCAGCAGAUUUGCGAUGGUAUGGAGUAUCUGGCGAGCCAUCACUACGUGCAUCGGGACUUGGCGGCCAGAAACUGUCUGGUGGGCGAAAGUUUGACGGUGAAGAUUUCCGACUUUGGGCUGUCGCGUGAUAUCUACAGUUCGGAUUACUAUCGUGUACAAUCGAAAUCUCUUCUUCCCGUACGCUGGAUGCCUUCGGAGUCGAUUUUGUAUGGCAAAUUUACGACCGAGAGUGACGUGUGGUCUUUCGGUGUUGUGCUGUGGGAAAUCUAUAGCUACGGUCUGCAACCAUACUACGGAUACAGCAACCAGGAAGUGAUCAAUAUGGUUCGCGCUAGACAGCUGUUACCCUGCCCAGAGUCUUGCCCGAGCGCUGUUUACUCACUGAUGGUAGAAUGCUGGCACGAACAGGCGGUACGGCGACCAACGUUCCCGGAGAUUGGUCAUCGGUUAAAGAUCUGGUAUCAGGCACAGAAGAGAAGUGAACAAAACGAACAAGGAGGUUUCAAUCGCAAAGGCUCAAUGCUAAGCGUCAACACGAAUCGCAUGUCCUCGCAGGGUAAUUUAAACAUUGCCACGCCAUCGUCCUCGUCCAGUCAUCACUCACUAAGCCGCAACGGAGAAGGACGAUCAGAUCAGCAGCAGCAGCAGCAGCAACAGCAACCGCUUCUUUCUCAACCACAGCAACGCAAACAUCAUCACCAUUCGCUGGAGCGCGAGAAAAUCCUACGGACGAAUCAAUUACAGCACCAACAGCAGCAGCAGCAGCAGCAGAUGCAGCAAUCGCCCCAGGUUGGUCCACUACACUCAGUCACCGCCCGACCACACCAUCAGCACCAUCAGCAUCAUCAUUCGCUGGACCGAAGCAACAACGGCAAUGGCCGGAUGGAUGAGUCGGCCAGCUCCGCCGGCGAUCAGUUCGAAACGCAGAGUAACCGCAGCUUCUACCACAAUGCUAGCGCCAGCCGAAGCAACAAAAGCAUUCAUUCGAUGCAGGAACCAGCGCAGCAUCACGCCAAUCAUCACGCCGGUCACGCCCAUCAGCACCAUUCCCACGGUCAGCAACCGAUGGGAGGAGGCCAGCAGCAUCCGCAGGGAUACAAAAAUUUUAGCCUGCCACGGAAAAGCAUCGACAGUGGACUUGAGUAUGGGUUGGACGGCGGAGAUUUUGCCGGUAUGGCAACCAGCAGCCCAGGGUACCCGGCCGGUGGUGCUACGGCCGCCGGUCGGGCUGAGAUGAAAGCACGCCCGCCAAAGGAUCCACAUCGGCACCACCAUCACCAUCAUCAUCACGGUUCGGGGCGUAACAGUCGGAACCGUAUCGAGGCGGUCGCUGGUGUCGGUAGUUCCGUAUCGUCGCUGCCCGGUAGCAGCGAUCUAGCGUCCGAGUUCGAUCGUCAAGCACAGCACAUACCAAAGAAUAGCACCCAGUCGCUUGUUACCGGUAAUCAACCGAUGGUACCACAGCCCACUACCACCAACACCACCACCACCACGCCAGGAAUGCCACCGAUCGGGCGGAAACCGAGCCAUAGCGGUAGCAUCCUUAGUGUCGCCAGCAGUGCGAGUGAACAGUGCGGGACAGGAGGAGGCAUCAGUUCCUUUCAGCCCGGGUUCAGUUCACCCUCGCCAACCGUUGGGAAUGGUGUCGCCGGGGAUCCAAUAAUGCUGUCCCAGAACGCACUUAUGCAAACGUCCUACCACGAAGGAUAAGGACAAACUGGGGUUUGCAUUUUUGAACCAUUUUAACAACUAAUAGCAUAUAGGCAAAGGACCCAGACCAGGGUCCCGACCGGGUGUUCGGUUUCGGGAUUUUGGACCGUGCGCGACCGGCAAAAGCCGGAGCUGAGUUCGGUUUCAUUUCAAUUCAUCACACAAACACAGCUCAAAACAGCAUCCGGACAGCUCAGGAUGGAUGGUGUGCCAUGUUGCGAUCUCAAUAUUGGACUGCUAGGUGCAUAGGAAUUAGCGUUUAGGAACACUGUCUACCUUAUUCCAUUUCAUGCUCGGGGCUUUUUUCGUUCUUCUUUCUGUUAACCCCUUUAGAAUCACGUUCUUCUGCUUCAUACUUUCCAUCAACUCUCAAUCCUGUUCAAUAGAUACUAGCAGCGUGAGCAGAUUUAAACGUUCCCCCUUUUCCUAGCGAACUGAGCCUAGAUAAAUUAAUUCACCGUUUAGCGGGUACCCAAAGAGUAGGGCGACUGCAAAUAGCAGUUAGAGCAAGGAAGAAGACGUCUUAGAUAAACCCAAAGUAUCUCACUAUUCUCGUCACCUCUAUCUUCUUCUUUGGACUGAAUUUAUUGAUUCGCGUUAUGUUUCUUAAGUCUCGCAACAACAACAAAAAAGCAAAUGAAAACUACUACCGUCAACUGUCCGUGUUCGCAUUCCAAGUGCAACUGCUCGGCUGGCACGACCGCUCGGGCGUCGCUGGUAGGAAUUUUUAAACAAACGUACGUUAAGCGCUGAACGCGCCUUAAUGUAUGCAUUUAAGGUGCUGCGUCAACCGAACAGUGGUUCACAUUAAAGCGGCACCAGUCUCAACACAGCCAAUCACAAAAAAAAACCAACAAACCAAGUCAUCGAUCGAAUUCCGUACCAUCCUAUAAGUAUUGUGUAGCCUAUGUGUAUGGACGAACACAUAAGCGAAGCCGCAAACAAAACUAAGAGGGAACUAAGAGACUAUUGUGGCAAUUGUGCGGCUGCAUGCAGUUGGAGGACGGAAAGCCAGAAACAAACAGAUAAUGAAGAUAGGAGGAAGGAGCCACAUAAAGAAUAACUAAUUUAACUUAUCACGAUAAGAUGCAAGAUGUUUAAUGUUUAAGGGAAAGUAUUAAAAAAAGGAAAAGAAAAAAUUGGAAAAUGGCGGCCACCAAUUUCUACUCGACGGAAAGUGUGUAGGAUGAUGUUUUAUGAUGCGCGCGUAUGGUGCUAAGUGUGACGGAACCAGGAAUCGCCCCUAUAGUCACACACACACCUCCAGUUGGUACCGUCGUUCCCGAGAGCGCGACCGGAAGUCACAUUUUGGUGACCACCAUUUUAUGAAGUGAAUGAAAACCAAAACCCGUGUAAGUGGAAUAUAUUAGUAAGGAAGAUCUUUUCUUUUUUUUCUCUUGUGCGUGUGAGAAAACACAAUUCAACGGCAAACAAACCAAAUACACAGAGCCACAGCCACAUAUGACACUCGAGCAAGGAAGGGAAGAAUAAACAAAAAUGGAACAAAAUUGUCGGAAAAAUAACAAA